AUGGCAGAGAAGGAGGGAGGGAUUGUGAAGGAAGGGCAUGAUGAGGGAAUGAAUAUGGCUAUUGGUCUUCUGGAAGAGUUUGGGCUCCCAUUGGGACUUCUCCCUCUUGCAGAUGUGAUUGAAGUUGGUUUCGUAAGGAAUACAGGUUACAUGUGGAUUGUGCAGAAAAAGAAGGUUGAACACAAAUUUCAGAUGAUCAGCAAACUGGUCAGUUAUGACACUGAAAUUACCGGUUUUGUUGACAAGAAGCGGAUCAAGAAGCUGAAGGGAGUUAAGGCUAGAGAACUCAUGUUAUGGCCUCCAGUAAAUGAGAUUGUAGUGGACGAUCCACCCACUGGAAAAAUUCACUUCAAGAGCCUCGCUGGUGUAACCAAGACCUUUCCCGUUGACGCAUUCGCUGCCGGGCAGUAA